UUCAAUCAUAAUUUAUUGAAGUUCUUGUCUCAUCAUUGAUUCGCUGCAUGCUAACGUGCCAAUUAUUUGUUUAGCAUAGUAACGUCGAAGGAUUAGAAUGAAAAGACUGGGUCAAAACAUGAAAAAGUAACUAAUGCUGCGCUUGGAUCGUCUUUCAGUGAGAGCACGAUGGUAAAUGCCUUCACGGUAAACGGGACUUGCAGCCAGAGUUCAAAUAUCUCAUAUUUUUGCCGUGAGCCAUAUCAUAAUUUUCUACCGGAUGUUGUUUAGCAGUGAUUUGUUUACUGAAAUUACCAUAGCAACGCAUACCAUCGUGCUGGCUUACUUUUGCGGUCACCCGCUUUCUUAUUUUUUAAUAAAUAAAAAACGCUUUCUUGUCCCGAAAUGCCGACUGGUAUGGCCGUUUUUGCGUCCCUCUUCUAACGCAGCAUAACGACCAGCCGUCCCACUUGUAAUUAUUUUGGAAUAUUCGGUGAGGGUUGUUGACGUCGAGAGAUGCUACUAGCCUCAUGUCAUGAAUAGCCAUCUCGAGACAACUCAAACUUGCCGGGGUGUCACGUGUCCUACUUAUAUCAGUACAAUCGUAACAACAUAAACAUUAUAUUAUAUCAAAUAAACUUCACGUGGCAAAUAAGACAUUCACUGUUUUGUUAAGCAAAUUCGACACUGGCCUCCAUUCUAAAAAUAAAAAGAUACGCCACCUGCUGGAGGGAAACAGAUUUUCCGCAGAGUUGGGCCUCUUCCUCCUCUCUGGGAAAACCAAAGUUUUGACAGGAACUAAAUUCCAAAAUGGGGAAGGUACAGGUAGCUAACUGGGAUAACCGACUCGCUCAGCGUUGGACUAAGCUCAUUGUUUACAUGUCGGCCAGGGAAGGGAUUUGAUGGUAGGCCUGCAAGCGGGGUGACCAGUGCCUGUUAUACAGGCAGUAGAGUAGGCCAGGAUGCCAGAGAUGACAGAGAACCAGACUCCUGGCCAUAAACCACGAAAGAAGAAAAACAAGGAAUCUCACAAUGCAGUUGAGAGACAGCGAAAAGAGAAGAUCAAUGCUGGAAUUAACCGUAUUGGGGACCUUCUACCAUGUUCCCAGGCACUGAAGCAGAGUAAGAACAUGAUCCUUGACCAGGCCUACCUUUACAUAAGUGAGCUGCAGAAACAAAAUGACGCCAUGCUUCUCGAAGGGGGAGAACGAGUACAAGUUGAGGAGAUCCGGCGGCUGCGGCAUCAGCUGGACGAGCUGCGGAGAGAGAGCGGCCAUUACAUUGAGUUGCUCAAAGCCCACGACAUCAACUUCCUGGACGACCCCACCGUCCACUGGAAGGGAAAGCUGCGCUGUGCAAAGGUCGCCAAAGUAACGCCCACUCACCAGCUCCCCAAAGGAAUUAUUGUCUACUCCAAUGGGAAUGUGAUAUGCCCAGCAGGGAAGGAACCUAGUCCAGCUUCCGAUCUGGGGAAGCAACCAGCCAUGGCUGGGAUUGUUCAGUCGUCUUGUGACAUCACAGCAGGGGUUAGGGUGAACGUGGCUCUUCAGCACGUCAGUGUCCCUUCCUCUGCCCCUCCGCUCCUCCCUAAGGCAACCCUAGCCCCCAUAGUGUCUACACCUGGCAUGAAGCUGGUGGAACAGUGUGUAGAAGAGGUACCUUUAGCCCCCAAACUACCCCCCUCUGUGUCCUACAUCACCCUCCAGGGUAUCUGCCCACUCCCCACGGUCACUGCAGCCUUGCCCCAGCCUGCCACCCCAGCCCCUAGUCUCCCCAUUGCAGCCAGUUUGGCCACCCCACUCUCGCUCCAUUCUGUCCCCAGCUUUACAGCCCUUCCCCAGGUCAUAACCACCCAGAACGCUGCCAUCAGGACUAUGAGCUAUACGACUAUCAACAGCAGCCCAACCGUCCUCGGGGCCAGUGCAGCAGGGAGCACACAGACCACCUGGACUACCUUACAGCUGGCUGGGAACACAGUGCAACCUGUCUGCCAGUCACUCCCCACCCCAGAGACUAGCACCUCUGGGCAGCAGAGUAUCCAACAGAUUGUGGGCACUAAACUAUCAGUUCAACCCAUUCAUAUUCAAAUGAGGCCACAGGUAACCAUACAGCCCCAGGAACCCAUCACUGCCCAUAUCCAAGCCCAGCCUUCCAUCCAGAGGACACCCCAGCUACGGCCAGCUAUCCUGGCCCAGCACCAGCCCCAUCCAGUCAUGGCUUCCCAGCCACACUGUACUGUCCUCCCUCAGUCAGCCAUCAUGCCCCAGCCUGCUGUGGUAGCCCACUCAACUAUGAUAUCACGACCUCAACCUGCUGUACAACAACAGGCAACAGUCCCCUCCCAUCCACAGACUGUCCUCAUGACUCAACCCCAACCAGCUAUGCUUCCUCAGGUCCAGGCUCAAGCCCACCCCCAGGCAGCUGUUAGGCCCCUCCUCCAGACCAUGCAGGUAUUGCAAAUGAACCCUACUGGGACAGCAAUUGCUGGGGUAACGACUCCCCAGAACACUAACAACCCGAGUGUUGUCAUCCUACAGCAGGCCAAUCCCUGCUCAGCCCAGUCGGUUGUCAGUGACGACUUAACCAAUCAGACGCCUUGUCAGCACAUCGUCAUCAUCCAGGCCUCCAAUCAGCCUCCACCUGCACCUCCUCAGAACCCUCAGGUUGGCAUGGUGCCCGCAGCAGCACCCAAUCAGAUUGUCGCUACCAGCUCCACAACUUCCACCACUGGGCAACAGAUCGUUGGGGGUAAACAGUUGGUUCACAUUCUACCACGUCCCGUCCCUCAAACCCAGACACCCCAAGCCCCCCCGGUUCCCCCGAACCCUCAGACCAUCACUGUGAACGGGCAGGUGUUUGCCUUGCAGCCCAUGAAGACCUCUGAAAAGUCAGGCUGUAAGGGUGGCCAGAGCAGUCUCCAGCUGAUCCAGCCCAGCACCGCUGAGGAGCACAUCAGCACCGCUAAGGAGCCCACCACCAACAUGCACACCCUGGGAGCCCUCAGCAGCCUCAACCAGAGCAUCUCACAGGGCAUGCCGUCAUGCAUCUCCACCCAGAGUAACGUCCAGCAAACCCUAGCCUCACCAUCCUACUCUAUAGUGCCACAGCAGAAGCCAUCUUCUGUCCCCAUUUUAGCAGCUCCACACAGUUCCCCCGUCAGGCAGAUCCAGAUCCCCAGUGUGACUCCACACAGACCAGGGCUGGCGAUGGGUACAGGGAAGGCCUUGUGGAGUCAGCCUGAAACAGCCUCAGUGCCCAGACCUAAGAGGGCCAUCACCAAGAGGACCAAGUUAGUGAGUAAGAAUGAGCCCAAACAGGGACGGCCUGUCACCAUCUCAGCGAAGCCAGUGGCUUUAACAGGGGACCGUCUGGAACAAGAGGUCACUGUGCCUCAGGGAAUCCCAUCCUCUGUUGCUGUGACAGUUCAGCCAAAGCCACUCCCUGUCAGCACUACAGCUAACACACCCACAGUUAGUAGUAGUGCGGCUUCAACACAGACCAGACCUGUUGAGCUUAGUAUCAACUCUACACUGUCCUCUCCUGAAAGUAAUAGUGUGACUACUAGUUCAUAUAGUGGACCAACUGUCUCCAGUGAAUGCACCACACAGAGUAAAACCUCUGAGACAAGUGUCACUCCGUGUACAGCAGCAGUUAGUAGUAGUAGUAUUUUUAGCUCCACACAGAGUGAACUCAUUAUCACUAGUGUUGUGAGUCUAGCUACUGUCACUUCUGCAGCAGAUAAGCCUACAGUCACUUCUACUGUUUCUUCUCAGAGUAAACAACCUGCGGUCACCGUUAGUGACAGGUCCACUCACCUCAGACCUACAGUCACUUCUACUGUUUCUUCUCAGAGUAAACAACCUGCGGUCGCCGUUAUUGACAGGUCCACUCACCUCAGACCUACAGUCACUUCUACUGUUUCUUCUCAGAGUAAACAACCUGCGGUCGCCGUUAGUGACAGGUCCACUCACCUCAGACCUACAGUCACACAGAACAGACAGCCGGUCACUACUAUCAGCACUGUGCAAACUAGAUCAGCUAUCACUAAUGGCAGUUCUAGACAGAGCAGAUCUACUGGUGCCUGUUCCACAGAGACUAGAUCUAGGUCUACGGGUGUGAUGUCUUCAGCAGCAUGUCAACCCUCAGUCAGCACUGUAAACUCAAUAGGAAAUAGACCAGUGGUGUCUCUCCAGUCUGCUCAGCUCACUUCGUCAUCACAGGGUCAGACCAAGCCAGCCAACAGCCAGGAGUCUCAGCCUACAACCCAGACCCAGUCCCAGCCUGUGGCUUCUCCUUCGGGCCCCUCCACUCCAACCCCCUGUUCUGGCGCCCUGUCUUUUGCCUCACCCUCUGUAACAGUCCCCAUGACCAUGCCAUCAGAAUACAGGAAAUGGCUCCCCUAUAACAGACCAUCCACCCAGCAAAUGACCAUGCCCACUUCCACACCAUCCCAUCCUGCUGAGCUCAAAGUGACAGCGGUGUCAGGCAGGGAGAAGGAACCUCAGGCAGAGGGCCACCCCAGCGCAGCGAUGGAGAAAGCGAGCGUGAGGAGUGAUGCUGCUCCCUCUAGAAUGGACUACACUCUCCCACAGCAGGUGUACGUGCUAGACCACGAACCCUUGGAUCAGCCUCCGGCUCCUAAUAGACAGACUGACUCGCUCAUGUCUGGUGGCGCAGGUGGUGGAAGGGGCUUCUCUGUGGCGUCUAUGCUUCCCACAGGCCACAGUGUCAGUUCCUCGCCAGGUCAUUUUGGAUCGUUUACUUUUGCCAGCGAGCAGACUGAUAUCCUGGCUAUGUUGGAGCAGGACAGUCCUGGGAGGAGGGUGGGGGGCUGCACCGUGGACAACUCCACCUCAACAAACACCCCAACACCUGCAUGGGAACCCAACUCCAAGUCCCAGCAAGCCUCCAACAGAAAAGAGAGGAGUGCUGGACAACAGACAAAGCUCACCAAACAGAUGGAGACUCCAGUGGCUAAACAGGUGUCUGUUAGGGUCCAGGCUGGAGAUCAGACAUCCGCAGUCAGACAUCCACAGAACAUCUCCUUCUCCCAGUCCCACUCUCACCCCCAGAGCCAGGCCCAGUCUGGUACUUCCAGCACCCUCAGCGUCAACAACCUGAUCCGGCCCAGCUCCAGCCAGCAGCAGGCCUACCCAGGCUCCCUCAGUCUGGCUGGGCAGCUGGGCUCAGUCCCAUCCCCUGUAGGGAACUCAGCCCAUGUUUCCCAAACCUCCACCCCUGUCCUUCCUCCCUUCUCAGGCUCAGUCCAGCUGAACGAGUACGCCCCCCUGAUGAGGCCCCAGGUGGGGGUGGGUGAGCCGCGACACAUCAAGGACUUGUCCAAGAGGCCAGCCCAGGAUGAUGUGAUACUGUCCAGCAGUAACAAGCGACAGAAGACCUGCUCGUCGGCCUCUAACGUGGGCCACAUGGAGGUCAAACCCCUGGACCACAGCCAGAUGAUGGUACCCCAGCUACCCCCUACCACCUCAUCCAUCAUGACCAGGAUCAACCCAGACGGAGUGGGUACCCUGUUCUCGGGCAACACCUUCAUGAGUACAAUGCUCCGACCCACCGAGAGCCACUGCACCCCCCAGCUGCCCACACAGGAACACAACCAACCAGGUGUGCUCCAGCUGCCCCAUGGCCACCCCCAGCAUGGUGCACCCCAGCCAGGCCAACACCUCGGGGGCAACCCCUACCUGAAGCAGCAGCAGCAACAACAACAACAACAACAACAGGAGCACCAGGGGCACCACCUGUACCAGCUCCAGCAUCACCUGACCCAGCCUGACCCUGCACACCUCCACAGCCUCCACCAGAGGGCGCUUCAGCAGGUCCAGAAGAAGCGGGGGCUGGUUGGAGGGGGUCAGAAACAACACCACCAGGAGAAGGGAGGAGUUCAGCAGCACCAGCAUCAACAGUCACAACAAUCACAUCAACAACAACCUCAAACACACCAGCAGCACCAGCAACAGUCGCAGCAGCACCAGCAACAGUCACAACAACAGCACCAACAGCAAACACAACAGCACCAACCACAAGCCCUGUCACAGCAGCAACAUCUGCAACAACACCCUCAACAGCAGCACCAGCAGCAGAGCUCCCACUCCAGACACCAGCACCUCCAGCAGCAACAGAUCCAGCACUUUGGGUCGCAGCACCAGGAGAAGAGCUGUGAGGCCCAGCCAGGACCAGCGGGACCCAGAGGUCACCACAGCAGCCACCUGGCCCAGGAACACCUCAAGUCUGAUCAGGACCACAGCACCAUGCAGAGGCUGAUGAGCUCUAGAAACCUGGAGCAGCACCUGACCUCCCAGCCCAGCAACCCUGCCUCCCAGCCCUCCGACCUGGGCUGUGCUCCCCCACGCCAGGAUCACCACCGCGUCUCCAGCUACUCUGCAGAGGCCCUCAUUGGGAAGGGCUCGUCUAGUGAUGAGCAGCAGCGCAUGGUGCUCCAUCUGCAGGCCACCCGCGGUACUACACAGGAACAGCCAGACCUACGGGGAUACCUGGACACACCCAGAGUGAAGGGCAAUGUCACACACAACCCUCAGAGCCGGCUGCCCCCAGACCACCCAGGUUCUGCAGACGUCCAGAGGGUCUCUGAGUGUCCUCCGUUUAAAACAAUGGCCGGUGCUGAAGGGGGGCAUCAGCUGGGGGGCUUUGAGGACAUGACACCUAAAUCAGGUCCCUCCUCUCAGAGAGGCCAGCAGGGGGGUUUCAGGAUGAACGCGGGGCCUCCAGGGGAUGGGCGAACCCGUGGGGGGUACAGUGGACCCCAUCCUGGGACGCAGGGGGUGCAGAUUGGUGCUCCAGGUCUUACUCGGGACCAGGAGGGGUGUCAUCAGAGUUUUAUGCAGAGUCUCCUGGAGCAGACCGACCACCAGAGGGCAGUCCAGUGCUGUCCUCCGGUCAGUAUGGAGUACGGCUGUGUGUCUGGCAGCUCUUCAGGGGACAUGCAGGCUAAAGCAUCCAGCCCCAGUGUUCCUCCCACUCAGAAGGCCUCAGCUAUGAGGCUUGGGGAGGGCAACAAGGGCCACAUUCCUCAUGGUAGUGGGAACAUGGGCACCCACCCAGGGGUACGGACAGGCCUCCCCCACCCCCUUACCCCACACAACAGCUCUGAGCCAGGCCGCACCACAGCCUCCUCCAGACCGCCCACCGCAGUCAGCCAGCGCUCCCGCCACAUCACCCAGGAGGCCCAGAGCGUGAAGCUGAGGCCUGGAGAGCGACCGCGGUCAGGCAGCCUGAGACCUGGGAACCCCUUUGAGCCUGACGUCCACCUGCUGGGUCGACCACAGUCUGGGAGUGAAGGGCGGCGCAGCAGUAUCGUUCGCUUUAUGGCAGACAGUGCCCAGGUCUCCGGGGACAACAACCAACACCUGGUGCCUGACCAACACCUGGCCCAGAACUUUGGCUUCUCCUUCAUGCCGGAUGGAGGACUGAACCUCCCUCCUAUCAACGCCAAUUCUACUUUCAUCCCCCCUGUUAGCCAGACCAACUCCUCCCGCCCCUCGUCCCUGCUCCCCGUAGAGCCGCAGAACACCUUACCCUCCUUCUACCCCUCCUACCCCCCUGCCGCCCACCCCAGCCUGGCCAGCGACAUCCCCAUCCAGUACUUCUCCAACCAGAUGUUCACCAGCCCCGGCGCCGACAAGAGCAGUUCUGCCCCCCUCAACAACCGCUUCGGCUCCAUCCUGUCUCCCCCGCGCUCCGUAGGGUUCGCCCAGGCAACCUUCCCCCUACUCUCAGACAUGCCCCCUAUGCCCAUCAGCAACUCCUCUGGCAUCACCCCACACCUGUCCAACUUCAGUCUCACUUCACUGUUCCCUGAGAUCGCCACGGCGAUGCAGCCUGAUGGUUCUGCCAUGCCAAUGUCCCCUUUGCUGUCGCUCUCCAACAAUCCCUCUGCAGACUCAGGCAAGCAGCCCAACCGCCUCGCCCACAACAUCAGCCAUAUCCUGGGGCAUGAUGGGAGCUCUGCCGUGUAGGUGAGGGGACUUAAGGUGUUGUCGUGCCAACGUGGCAGUCAGGAAUGUUCUGAUUCCAUUUCAGAUGAAACAUUUAUUGAGUUGUAUUACGUGAAGUAAUGCCAUGGCCAAUUGAAUUGACAGGAUUUCAACUGUUCUGUUUGGAUUAAAGUGGGUGGAAGGGCUGGUGAUCUUUUCUGUUGGUCAGCUGAAUGGUUUUUAUCAUAUUAUUAUUUAUGGUUAGUGUUAUACUUUAACUUCCUGGCAGUUCUAUCGAUACCCUAACAUGGCAGUGGGUGCCCUAGUUACUGAAGUCAUAGCGUUUCACUGAUCAGGCACUCCUAUGGCUCUAGGAUGGUGGAAAUGAAGCUCCUAAACCAUAUGGUUUGCAAAUAGGUCUGACGUGACGACUUAUCUGCUAGUAAAAUGAUAUGAAGAGUUUUGUAAUUUCAUUGACUAACUUCUAAAAGAGGAUCCAUUUGAAAAACGUGCACAAAAUUCUCAAACUUAAAUGUACUAACUUAAAAUCAGGGUGUACAGUACAGAAUAUGAGAUGUUUUGUAAAUAAGUUUCUUAUGAUAAUUGUUAGUUUGAUAUGUGUGUAUCUGUAAAUAAAUAAAGUUGAUUAACAUUU